GCUACAGCAGGCUACAGCUGCAUCAACUAUAUAAACAGUUCACUGACAAAUCCAAUCAAUAGUUAAUUAAUUAAAGCUGUAUGCUGAUAGAAAUUUUGCAUGUGCAGUUGAAUUUGAACAUUGUAAGGGCAUUUAAAGUUGUGUGCAGUUCGAAUUUAAGCUUUUUGUUAACCUAUUUGUGGAAUUACAACCGGAUGCAGAAAGUUUGAUGCAUUUUGGAUAAUUUUUUUGUUACGAUUACGAUAUGAACAACUACAAUUGUUUGAAUAAAUGAAAUGUGCAAUUAAAAAUACGUAAUCCAGUAUUUUUUUUAUCGUAUUAGAUUCAUGUUCGUAGGCUGGCAUGGGGUGUUGACAAACUCUCCGCUUCUCGCCAAUAGGUUACAAACAGCAAGACCUCAACGACAAUGGAGAUGCCUGAUAGAAUAGAUGAUGAUGAUUUUGAUGCGGAAGAGAAGAACGAGGAGAUGCCACCGAUACCUGCUCCGAGCCCAGCACCCAGCGACCGGAGCAACGGUACAACUUCGCCACCACCCACGUGCAGUAUCUGCCUCGGGGUGCUGGUUAACACAUCCUUCACCGACAGUUGUUUGCACUUGUUCUGCUUCUACUGUUUAGUGCAAUGGUCUAAAAUUAAGACAGAGUGCCCAUUAUGUAAACAAAAUUUUCGUUCCAUCAUACAUAAUGUGAGAUCUGAAGAAGAUUAUGACCAGUAUGACAUCGUGAAUAAUUCGCAAGCUGCUGCUGCUGCUGCCUCAGCUGCUGCUGCUGCUUCAGCUGCCUCAGCUGCUGCAUCGCAGAAUAACGUCACAGCUGACGGUCAAGAAGAAUCUCGUACUGUGGCUGACAGGACCGCAAACUACCCUAGAAGAUCUGAAAGAGCUGUACUGUUGAAUCCGGAGGCUGUGGCGAGACGUGAACAAAUACCCAGUAUUGCUCGUCAAGUUUCCUCGGAAGAACAAAGACACAGGUUUAGUGAUAUACUGGACUUUCGGCGGAAUGUUUACAGUACAGGAGCAUUGGCUAUGCCACUGACUGAUCGUUACGGUCUUUUUCGACAGUCCAAUGCUCAUUAUUACCGAAUCAACCGUUUAGAAGUCGCCAGACUCGCUGUAUGGUUGAACCGUGAGCUGCAUGUGUUACUGGACUUGAUUCCAGACCAUUUUGUUUAUGUUUUAAACAUAAUUUUAGAUGCGUUGACUCUCAUAGAAAUUAACUCCAACGAGUUCCGCAAUCUGGUGCGACCUUAUUUCGGCGUUUACACGGAUCAUUUCCAGCAUGAAUUUUAUAACUUUGCUCGCUCUAGCUUUGAUAUGACUGGCUACGAUCAGUCUGUAACUUAUUACUCUAACCAAGGACCUUCUAAUGAGGAUGUUUCAAGAGCCCUAUCCCCAAAUUUUAAUUCAAGCAGUUCCACCAUAAGUGACUCUGAAGUACGAGUAGUUGAUCACUUCAUUGAUUCCAGAAGGUUACUUUCUAACAAUGCACCAUCAGGUGGUCCACAACAAAUUGAUGUACUUGGUCUGAGAUCCAUUGGACAAGCUAUAGAAUCGAGACAAGCCAGUAAUCCAGAGCCAGAUAUUGUAACUAUAUUAUCUUCAUCUUCCGAAUCAGAAAAUGAAUGCGAAAUUGUCGCUUAUGUUUGGCAGCGACGUAGAAGAACACCAGUAAUUAUUGAUUUAGUUUCUUCGCCAGAAAUUAUUGAUUUAUUUUCUUCCGAUGAAGGUCAUAAUUCAGAAUUAGAAUCUGUUAUUGGAGAAGUAAAUGAAACGGAAUUAGUACAACCCCCUGAAGAAGAAUUGAAUCUACCUAGCACAUCGACUUCAUCAGGAAGUCGCGAUGUUAACAGUAGACGCAAGAGACGAUACGUACCCACGUAUUGCAUGGAUUCAAGUUCACAAUCAGACAACAUCAAUGACAAAACGGAUAGUGACUACGAACCAUCUCGGUGCAAAAUCCGGCGUGGUUCUCGUGAAAACAGCUCCUCAAGAAAAACCUCCCGAAAGCUUCGCUCGCGAAAACAAAGCUCCAACAAAAGUUCUUCGCGCAAUCGACGUACAGAUGAUAGUUGCAGGGAACGAGAGUUGAACGCCAGCCCAAUGUCCUCGCGUGGUAAAAAACGGCGUUUGUCCGAGAGCACUGAUAGCGACACAGACAAUGAAAACUGCAAAAAAAAAUUUAAGAAGAGUACACGAUCCGAAAAGUCGAGAGAAAGUAAGCGGCGUUGUCUGCAGCCCUCAUCAUCAAAGGCACGUAUUUACAAGUACAGCAGCGAAGACGAAAGUAGCCAUGCCCCUAAUAGUGACUCUGACUAUGACACCGAGGUCGAGAUCAAAAAUAAAUCUCGCAGAAGAGUAAAAAAGAAAACGACUACGAGUGGAAGACACAGUAACAGCAACUCCUCUGACGAUGAAGAUGUCAAUGCAACAUCAUCGCAUUCAAAAGCAAAUAACCAAAAACCAUCGAAGAGUUGUUAGUCGAGUGAGAGAUCAGCACCUGAAAUAAAACUUCUUAACUUAACUUAACUUAACUUAACUUAACUUAAAUCAAUAAAACUUUUUAACUUCUUUUCUAUUGUGAAUCGCUUUUAAGACUUGUAGGUGUUGCAGGUGCUGAUCUUUCGCUCGAUUCACAAGCUGAACAUUCCGCAUCGUCGUCGACUUGUUGUGAAUUGUGAAUCGCUUUUAACUUCUUUUCUACGGAUGUUCUAAUCAAUGCCGUACAAUAUAAGUACCUUCAGACAUGGUAAAUAUGUUAUAGUAUAAGAUACCUAUCUAUUUCUCGGUCUACUGAUGGCAGUAAUUUAAACGGUAGCUUUCUUGCUUUCAUAAACGGGUUCCGCGUCCGGAUUUAAUUGUAAUCUCGCUUAUAUUUACGUCACUCAAGGAUUCCCACGGUUUUAUACCAUCAGACAACGCUCUUAUGUAUUUAAAUAACAUCGAGCGUUAUCCUCUAAUGGGACGGGAAUGAAAAUUUAAUUGGACAAGUGCCCCUCUUUAUUCUACUUGUACCGUUUUGAAACCGAAUACUUGAAUACACGAUUCAAAAAACGAAAUCAAACACAAUUUAGUAUUGCAUACCUUUGUGACCUUAAACGCCUGAUUUUGCUCCAUGAAGGUUAGUGCCACGCUGGUAUUCACUUCAAAAUUAACUAAUUUUUCGCUCACUAAUUACCUCCAGCGUCCUGUAGAACUUUUCUCUUAACCUAAUCUUGAUAAUAGUAUAUUAAACGUACCUAGUAAGCGGUUAAAUUCUAUUAUUAUAUUGACUCAAAACGAUCUCCCUUUGGCGAGUUUUGAGCUCAGCAGUUAUAUUUUAACGAUUUACGAAGUGUUAUGUUAUUAUUUGACAAAACACCACAUGAGGGAUUAAAUCAGGUGAAAAUAAAAAUUCACACAUCUUUUAAUUUCUAAUAUACUUCUUUUAAUUUUAUUUAAA